UAUGAUUUGGGGGCAGCGAAGAAAACCGAAAGCUCACACUCACACCUUUUCUGUUACUAUUUCACGCGUGCUGUGUUCUUCCUUUGUCUCCCUAUUUCACAACCCAAGAACCCUUUCCAUUAUAACAUAUACUACUAUAAUAAAAUAUGAAAAUACUAAUCUGUAUUCACAGUGCAUAUACAGAAUCCACCUAUAUAUAUAGGCAUACACACUUAGGAGCCUUUGAGCACUGCUUCAUUCUCUAGAACUAAGUAUUAUAAGCUUGAAUUGAGUUGAUAAGAUCAUGUCUAUGGCAGUGGAGAUAAGAGUUCCAAACUUGGAUUGUGAAGGAUGUGCUUCUAAGCUUAGGAAGACUCUGCUCAAGCUUAAAGGAGUGGAAGAAGUGGAAGUGGAGAUGGAAACCCAAAAAGUGACGGCUCGAGGAUACCGGUUAGAGGAAAAGAAGGUAUUGAAAGCGGUACGACGGGCCGGUAAAGCGGCUGAACCGUGGCCAUACCGGUUAGGUAAUAGCCAUUUUGCUUCUUUCUACAAAUAUCCUUCUUAUGUGACCAACCACUAUUACUCUGACGCACACCGUACGGAUCCCACCGGUGGUGUCCACACUUUCUUCCACACACCUGCGGUAUACUCUGUUGCCGUGGCCGGCGAUGAGAUCGCGGCUUCGAUGUUUAGCGACGAUAAUCCCCAUGCUUGUACCAUUAUGUAAUCUUUUUUUUGUUUUUUUUUAAGUAUACAAAAUAUGUUUUCAGUGCAUCUUCCAUGUCCAGCUUUGAUUUGAUGUGUUUGUUUUUGUAUAACUAAAUGUUGGAAUGAGAAAGUAAAGUAUAUGUUGUUUUGAGUAAA